AUGUGUUCUUCUGCCAGCCCCAAAAUUAUAUACAGGAAUCCCCAGUUUCUCCAGUUGGCUUUUCUGCAGCUUUAUCACCAGCAACAGAGUGGGGUGUUCUGUGAUGUCCUCCUGCAGGCGGAAGGUGAGGUAAUCCCAGCCCACAGUUGCAUCUUGUCUGCCUGCAGCCCCUUCUUCACAGAGCACCUGGAGCGGGAGAGGCCAGCUCAAGGUUGUAAGGUGGUGUUGGAGCUGGGAGGCCUGAAGAUCAGGACACUUAGGAAGCUGGUGGACUUCCUGUAUACCUCAGAGAUAGAAGUAUAUCAAGAAGAAGUCCAGGAUGUGCUUUCUGCUGCCCGUCAGCUCCGUGUAUGUGAGCUAGAAUCCCUUCAGCUAGAGGGUGGAAAGUUGGUGAAGGCCCCUCAGGGCCAAAGACUGAACCGGGAGUGCUUACAACCUCCAAGUGCUGCACCAAUCUCUGCCAGGAUGGUGCCAUCCAGCCACUGCCCUCGAACUUUACUGCCUGUUACCCAGACGUUUUGUCCUCUUGGGGCAGUGAGAUUGAAGUUGUUGGGGAAGGAUGAGGGACCCCAGGACAAGAGCAGUGGACACAAUGCAGAGAACUUGUCUGGCACUCUUCUGCUCAAGAGGAAGGCCAAAAGAAGAAAACUCUUCUGCUCAAGAGGAAGGCCACAAAAAGAAAACUCUUCACCAUCAAACCACAGUCAAGAAUCUAAAGAGAACAAGAGUGACCCUGCCCUUGGUUCUACAGAGCUUUUCUCACCCAGCUUGUACCCCUCUGUGGGUAAGCGACUAUUGCCCAUAAAGAUCAGGCUGAGUCGUUCAAAGCCAUCACCUGAUGUCUGUACAUCCAAGCCUUCCAGCAUUUUAAGUGGACACAGCUCAGUGCCUGCAGAUCAUGGCUGGCGUCUUUGGCGGCAGAAGAACAUAAAUAAAGCGCCAGAGGACAAUCAAAAACCAGGGAGAGCUAGUCCUCUACAGAGCACCCCAAGCCCAUCUUGUCUGAGAAAGACAGGUGGGAGUAAGAAGUGGAGUCCUGAAGUUAGGGCACCUAACUCAGACUCUGCAAACAAGGGGCAGAUUGGGAGAAUGAAACUGAGGAAGACUGUCAAUGGGACCCACUGGGAGGUGGUGAGAGAACCUCCCUUCAAAACCUCUCAAGAUAGCCCUCAUGUCCCAGAACCUAGGGACUCAAAAGAGCCUCCAGGGACUCAGCCAUCCUCAGUUAACCAGCAGGAAAUGCUACCUACUAGAAUAGACCAGUGUCAGGACUCCCCAGUGUGCUCUGGGCUACAAGACAUUCUGCUCUCUGGUAGCCUCUCCCCAGACCACCCAGUGGUGAAGUCCAAGUUUGGGUCCAGUCCAGAGGUGGUAGGGAAGGAACCUGGGUUUGGUAUCAACUUCAGAGAGCCAUAUGCAUUUGACACAGCGCUGUUGGGGCAGACCUGUGAAACUGAGGAAUACCGGAUCACAAGUGUUGCUGCCACCAGUGAGCUGGAGGAGAUCCUGGAGUUCAUGCCAUGUGGCUCAGAAAUUGAGCCAACUAUAGGGUCUUUGGAGAGUCCAAGGGCAAAGGACUGUAGGACCCCUAGUUAUCACCUGACAGAAACAGGGAAGAACUGGAUCAAAGAAGAAUGGUAUUUACCAGACAUGGAAUUCUGGUCCAGGGAGAGCAUCGAAUUGGAAAAGGAACCUGUUGGUGAAAACAAAGAGCCAGUUGAACCCUUUAUCCCCCUUAAGAUUAAUGAAGGACAGGUGCUUUCAGUAGGAUGCUCUUUGACGCAAGACCAAGAUAUUACCAGCGCUCAGCCAGUGAAUGGUCAGAGAGACAAACUUCUCCACAAUGACUUCCUUGACCCUCCCCAAAUGUCCUACGGGGAUCUCUCACCUCCCUGUUCUAACUGGAUGGAGACUAGGUUGGAAGUGUCCCUGAAUACAGAAGAGGUGCUGUAUCCUGAUCCAGAACCAGGCAAAGAGGUAUUUAGCAACUCUGAGCUGUUGGACCCACUCCCUGCCAGCCUUGAAGAGGAAGAGAUUGAUGUGGUAGAUUGGACAUUGGAGGGGAGGUUGGUGUCCACCUGUAUUCCCUCCGUAUGGCCUGACCCUUCUUCAGAGUCAGAAACAGAGGUAGACAUACUAACCUAG